CUGAUUUCUAAGCUAUAGUAUAGCGUGUUGUAUCGUGACUUGCUGUUCGUCAUUGGUUCAACCCGUGGGCGAUGAACCCCGCUAUGAUGUCUAUUAAACUACGACGCAUCCAGGUGCAUCAUUGCUAAACUACUCACCUCCAACUCCAUACAUCAUCCAACUACUGUGCAUAUAGCAACCAAAAUGAGCGCAGCAAAGCUACAAGAAUGGUUCCCUUGGACUCAGCGGCCAGUCAUCGCCAAUGGUCCAAUGUUGCACGCCGCCACCCCGCUUCUGGCGACGGAAGUCACCAAAGCUGGAGGCAUAGGAUUCAUUGCCUCUGCCUUCGAUGUCUCCCCAGACUCUGCAAAUCUGAAGCAGCUAGACUCGGACCUUACACAAGCUCGCGAACUACUCGGCGUCAGCUCAGGCCCUAUCAACGUAGGCGCCAGCUUCAUCACGGGCCAUAAAUCUAUCACACAGUUUGCAGAGACUGCUAUUCCAGUCCUCCAGAAGACUACACCAGCCAUUGUUUGGCUAUUUGCCCCCGACGGCGAGGUCAAGCCUCACAGUGCUGUUAUUCAAGCGCUCAAGGGUCUGGCACACCCACCCAAGGUGUUUGUCCAGGUCGGCAAUGUAACCGCAGCAAAGGAAGCUAUACAGGACGGUGCUGAUGCGCUUAUUUGCCAAGGAAUCGAUGCAGGUGGCCACCAAUUCCGUCGCGGCAUGGGCGUCAUCAGCUUCGUUCCCGAAGUGAAGAAGCUGCUGGCCGAGUCCUUUGCUGAUAGACAAAUCCCCAUCUUUGCAGCUGGUGGUAUAGUCAGAGGAGAGGGUGUUGCUGCAGCCCAAGCUCUUGGUGCCGACGGUAUUGUAAUGGGUACAAGAUUUACGGUUGCCAAGGAAUCCUUAUUUCCCGAUUUCCGAAAGGCUAUGAUUCUCAAUGCUACGGAUGGCGGCAAUGCAACAUUCAAAUCACCAUUUAACGACCAAAUUAAUAAGAAUGCUCUUUGGGGUCCGUUGUAUGAUGGUCGAGCCAUAGUUACGGAGAUUCACCAAAAGUUUUUGGAUGGCGCCUCUCUCGAAGACUGCCAAACGACCUUGCAAACCAGACAGGCUGAGACACCAGAGGAAGCGAAGAGGCUAAUUGGCACGUGGGCAGGUACUGGUGUUGGACUGGUCAACAAGGAGUCCACGGCAAGCGAAAUUGUUCAUGAAGUCCGAGACGACGCAAAGGCUAUCAUUCGCAAACUGGCAGAAGGUAUUUAGCCAAGGUUGGCUAUGAUAGCUUGGUGAUUAGUUUGUCGAUUGGUUUUAUGUAUAAUGCGAACAACUUCGACUACGGAAUUGCGGGUACAGAAUGGUCCUUAGAGGUGAUCACAGUGACGCGAGAGUAUAUUUUUAAGCCAUAAUGUGAUAUCGUCUAUAUUUUUGAUUUCGUUAACAAACUAUCCGAGAGGUAACAAAAUGCUAUGAUACAAGGCGCUACAAGCUGUCUGGUUGUAUCAUCAUGACGCAGACAACAAGCGGAAGCACCCAUUUCCAGAACCGCUCUGGCAGACGGCAUUACUCAUGCCAUGCUACACAGAGAAUACCCGACACGAGACAAAAAAAAACACAACAGCGAUGCAUUUAGAGCUUGGCCUUGGUCUGCGCCUUCUUGAGGAUAGGCUCGAGCUUGGUGGCCUUCAUGAUGUCACCCUUGAUCUUGAGCUUGCCAGACAUGAAGAGCUUCUGGGCGUUGGCCUUGCCCUGGGCGAGGUUGGUGAAGUCAUCGUCGGAGAGGACGAGCGUGACGGUGGGCUUGUCGCCGAGGCCCUGGGAGACCUUGCCGGCGUUCUUGAGGUCGAGGUUCCACGAAGCGGUCUCGCCAGCCUUGUUCUUGAUGGUGAAGGCGAAGAUGGCGCCGCCCUGCUUGAUGGCGUUCUUGCGCUCGUCCUCAGAGCUGUUGAGGACAGCGUUGAUGGCAUCGAAAGCCGCGGAGGCGGGGAACUUGUCUACACAAAAAAAGUGGUUAGCGGUCCAUUCGGUACUUUUUGGCUUCCGUGUGCUGGCUAGGCUACUGGUUGUCGUGCGCGAAGGGGGAGCAAACGCCCACCACCCUCAUGACGCAUUCGACCAACGAGCCAGCCAGCGUUUGCGGGAGAGCGAGGAAAUAACUAGUAGAGACUUACCAGAAGCAACAGACAUUGUGAUGAAUUGGGUUUUGUGGGGGAGUUUAAAAAAUGAAGAAGGAAAGAUUGAAUUGAGAUGGAAACAGAAUAUGAGGGAAGAAGAAGAAAGGAGCCGGAGUCAGCGUUCUGGGGAAACCUGGAGAGUUUAAGACUUUUUGGCUUCGGCGCAUGUGAUGGGACCUCGGCGCAUCUCCUCACUCCUCCUCACCAGCCCAGCGUUGCGCAUCGGCCCUCCUCCACAUCUGGCCCGCUCUGCGUUGCGCUGCUACUGCACGCAAGCCAGUCUGUUUUUGCUUCUAGCGUCAUUUGUACUGUGUCAUUUUACCUUCCCCCACAGCGCCGCCCAUCUGCUGUUCCCCUCACUCUGCAGUGCCUGCUUCGCCCAGAAGGGUUCCUCGGUAACUUGGCGCUCAGUCUGCCGACUUGGGCUAGGCGCUGCGGGGGACGGAAUCCAGGCCACUUAACCCGUCCCAGCGUGUGUGGCUGGUAGUUGCUAUUAAUUGCCAUUACUUCAGUAGACGGUGUACACCGUUUCUAUUUUUCUUUUCUUUAUUUUUAAUUGUCAUUGCACCACUUUUUUAUAACGGACAAUUGGCUGCUGGUAGAGUCCGCCGGUACCCCAACAGCGUCUACCAUACUUUUUCUGCCCUUCGCCGGGCAUAGUUAGCGUCCCGUCUGCCAAUUCGCCCAAUAAUACCUAGAAAUAAAACUUAAUUGAAAAGUACGGUAUUAAUGCCGUUUACGUAGUAAUGCUGCCAUUCUCCAAGUCAGGCCUUAGGAAUAAAAUGC